CAAAUGAAUUUGGCGGACUGAGUGUGCAUUUAUGAUCUAACCGUUUUACAGAUUCAUAAAUAUUCGCAUUUUAUAAAGACCACAAAACGGAAGUUGAGUUUGGAGCGAUGGAGUGUUGUCUGAAGUGAAGAUUGAAGACGUGAUAGAAGAUGGACGACUACUGCUAUGCUAAGAUGGCGACGUCCGCUAAAAGAGAACAUGAAAGAGAAUCAACUUCCAGCAAAUCACCAACGGAGAUAAAGACGAAAGAUGAAGACGUCCAGCAGCUGAUUAGUCAUCCUGAAGAACUUCUGCCUCAGCUGCAGGGGGUCAGCUCCACUUUGAAGCAGGAGACUCCACAGCCACCUCACAUUAAAAAGGAAGAGGAGGAACUCUGGAUAACUAAGGAGGGAGAGUGUCUUCUAGGACGAGCGGAAACUGAUCUUACCAAGUUGCCACUGACUGUUGUCUCUGUGAAGACUGAAGAUGAUGAAGAGAAACCACAAGUAGACAACCUCUUAGCUCCACUAUCAGAUAGUGAGGCUGAAGACGAGGUUGAAGUAACGUUGAGCAGCGAUGCAGACUGUGACGGUGAUAUGAGGACUCACACUGACAACAAACACGCCGACUGCUCGAAAAAGAAGACGUGUAAAAAAGCUUUGAGCUGCAAGGUUUGUGGUACAAGAUGUACAAAAAAGAGCCGUUUGGCUAUACACAUGAGAACACACACAGGGGAAAAACCAUUUAAUUGUUCAGUUUGCAGGAAAAGCUUUUCUCAAAAUAGCGGUUUGACUCUACACAUGAGAACGCACACAGGAGAAAAACCAUGUAAUUGCACAGUUUGCGGUAAAAGCUUUUCUCAAAGAAGCAGCUUGACGCUACACAUGAAUACGCACACAGGAGGAAAGCCAUUUAGUUGUUCAGUUUGCGGUAAAAGCUUCUCUCUAAAGAAUCCUUUGAUUGUACACAUGAGAACGCAUACAGGGGAAAGACCAUUCAAUUGCUCUAUUUGUGGUAAAAACUUUUCCCACAACAGCAGUUUGACUCAACACUUGAGAACACACACAGGAGAGAAAACGUUUCUUUGUUCAGUUUGUGGUAAAAGCUUUUCUCGAAGAAGACAACUGAUUCUACACAUGAGAACACACACAGGAGAGAGGCCAUUUAAUUGUUCAGCUUGCUGUAAAAGCUUUUCUCAUAGGUGCAAUUUGACGAAACACAUGAGAACACACACAGUCGAAAAGAUAUUCAAUUGCUUAGUUUGUUGUAAAAACUUUUCUGAGAAAGGUGAUUUGACUGACCACAUGAAAACACACAAAGGAGAAAGACGAUUUGAUUGUUCAGUUUGCAAUAAAAGCUUUUCUACUAAUGGCAAUUUGACUCAACACAUGAGAACACACACCGGAGAAAAAAUAUUUAAUUGUUCAGUUUGUUGUAAAACCUUUUCUCAAAAGGGCAGUUUGACUGACCACAUGAGAACGCACACCGGAGAAAGACCAUUUAGUUGCUCAGUUUGUAGUCAAAGCUUUUCUUACAAACAGGGUUUGACUCGACACCAAAUGAAACACACGGGAGCGAAACCAUUCAGCUGUUCAGUUUGCGGCAAACGCUAUACUCGAAGGAGCCAUUUGUCUGGUCACCUAAGAACACAUAGUAAGUAGAAAACAUUUAAAAGAUAGAAACAUUUUGGUGUUCUGUUUGCGGUAAAUGUCAUCCACACACUCACAUGUCUAAUCACAUGAGAACACACACGGGAGAAAAAAACAGUUAUCUAAUUUAAAGCGAAAGCUUUUCUAUGGACACAAUUUGAGUCAACAAAUAAUUAAACACCAUGGAGAAAACUCUUUCAGUGGUUGUGUUGGCAGAUAAAGACAUACCUGAUACAGGAAACCACACAGUAGAAAAAAUGUUUAGUUGCUUAGUUUGUUGGAAUAUAUUCACCGAGAAGACAGAUAUAGUAAGACACACGGGUACACACGCUAGCAGUUUUUGACUAUUUAGAUUGCACAGAAAAUGGAAAGGCAUGUGUGCUUCUCUCACUUAAAGGCCUACUGAAAUGCGAUUUUCUUAUUUAAACGGGGAUAGCAGGUCCAUUCUAUGUGUCAUACUUGAUCAUUUCACGAUAUUGCCAUAUUUUUGCUGAAAGGAUUUAGUAGAGAACAUCGACGAUAAAGUUCGCAACUUUUGGUCGCUGAUAAAAAAAACCUUGCCUGUACCGGAAGUACCGUAUUUUCCGCACUAUAAGGCGCACCUAAAAACCACAAAUUUUCUCAAAAGCUGACAGUGCGCCUUAUAACCCGGUGCGCUUUAUAUAUGGAUAAAUAUUAAGAUUCAUUUUCAUAAAGUUUCGGUCUCGCAACUUCGGUAAACAGCCGCCAUCUUUUUUCCCGGUAGAACAGGAAGCGCUUCUUCUUCUACGCAAGCAACCGCCAAGGUAAGCACCCGCCCCCAUAGAACAGGAAGCGCUUCUUCUUCUACUGUAAGCAACCACCCGCCCGCGUAGAAGAAGAAAAAGCGCGCGGAUAUCACCGUACGUUUCAUUUCCUUUGUGUGUUUACAUCUGUAAAGACCACAAAAUGGCUCCUACUAAGCGUCAGGGAUCCGGUUCAUGAAAAGACGCAAUCUCUCCAUCCGCACACGGAUUACUAUUUCACAGCAACUGAUAUUCCUGUGAACCGCACUGUGGAUACAACGGGAGCACGU